AUGGGUAUAUUUCCUGGGUUUGGUGUCUGGAUCAACCAGAACAACCAACAACCUCCAAAGGCCGAGUCCAAGAAACCUAAGAAUGUAAAAUCAAAGCCAGGGUCGGAGAUAAACACCAAUGCGGAGAGUGAAGGAACGAAGAAGCAAUUAAAGUUGUGGAAAGCUUAUGAGAGGAAAAUCGUAUGGCAGCAAGAUAUUACUCCUGAGGUGAAGGGUAUCGAAUCAAGCAAGGUUCAUAGGGACAAUGGAAGGGAUGAGAAAGUCGUGGUAGUAAAAAAAAUUGCGCCCUGGAAGUUUCUUAGGUGGAAGGGAGAAAUGCCAAUAGAUCUAGUUUUCAAUGAGAACCGAAAAGAUCUCAUCAUAUCAUAUAAAACUCCGAAAAAGGGUGUAAUGCACAUGGAAAGGUUUCUGGGCCAGUUGCAAAUAAAGCCAUGGUACGUAGAUAGUGAUAAAUAUUGCACGGCUAGGGAACCAAAAAACGCAGAAGAAUACCGAAAAUGUUCAGGGGGGAAAGGAUUACUUGCGUCAAAUUUGACGUUGGACCAAGUUUAUAUGCCCAUGUCCCCUCUUGAUAAGCCGCCGUUUUCUUGGUACAUCCAACGGGUCAUCACCGAAAAAACUAAGAGUUUAAUGGAAGAGCUUCAGAUUCGAGGCGCCGUUAUCCGAAGUGUUUGAGACUCUUUCAUUCCCGGUAUUGGCACGUUAUAUCAUGUUGACGAAAAAAAACGCAAACACUAGACAUUAUAACGGAUCACUUUAUCUAGAUACGAACGUCGGAGUGCUAAUUGUCGAAACCUUUAUAUAAUGAAC